GGCGGCGGCGGCGGCGGCGGGGCCGGAGCGGGGCCCGGGGGGGCCUGGGGAGACCCUGGGGGGGUCCGGGGGGUCCGGGCGCUGCCGCCGCCCCCGCCUGCCCCGCGCUCCCGGCUCUGCCUCCGGCCCAGCCCCCCCGCGGCCCCGGCCCCCCCGGUUCCCGGCCCGGAGCGAACCGGCCCCGAAUCGCUGACAGAAAACGGGUUGGUUUGUUAAAUCCGCUCCGCUCGGUUUCGUGUCCGCUCCCGGGGGCGGCUCCGCUCGCCCGUGUCCGGUCCCGGAUCCGCUUCUCAGGCAAAGGAAACGAAUAAAUGGAUAAAUUAGCUUUUUCGUUUAUUUUUUUUGGGGGGGAAGAAGAGCUUCCAACGAAGGGGGAAAUGGCAACAAAAACCCGCGAGGGGGGCGGUGUGUGUGGGGCUGGACCCGGAGUGAAGCGCUGCUUAGAAACACCCUCAUUAACCGGGCAGUAACUGCGGAGAUAAUUAGGACUAAUGAGGGAACCGGGGGGGUCCCGCCCGGGUCCCGGGGUCCCGUCCCGGGGUCUCCACCUUCCAGCCCGUGUCCUCCCGGGGCAGAGUCCAACGACGCUGCCCCCGGACGCCUCGUCCCUCCAAGGGCGUCUCAAAGUCGCCCCGGGGGGGUCGGGCAGGAGGACAAAGGGGUCAAAAACCUUCCCCAACGUGUCCUCAACCCCUUUUCCUUUUGGAGGGCGGUUUAUUCCCUGGGAAUUAUCACCGGGCUUUUCCCGCUCCCUCAGUAUUCCCUGGUGGAAACGCUCCCCAGGAGCCCCAAUGAGCCCCAAGUUGUUGCUCUUGUGAGGACAUUUUGGUGACGUUUUGGUCCCAAUUCCUUGAUUUUUGCUGCAGGAUUCUUGGAUUCUUGGGGCUCUGGUUCCGUUUUGACACUGGAUGCCAAGAAUCUCCCGGUUCUCUUGGUCUCUAAUUCCUUUUUCUUCUUUCCUAGGUUAUGGAGACUGGAAUUCAGGGACCAACAGAGGGUAUGAGGGAUACGGGUACGGGUAUGGGUACGGGCAGGAGAGCUCUGGGAGUUAUGGAUACAGCCUGGCCACCAACUCCUGGGAAAUGGCCAACCCGGACCUGGACACCAACCCUGAGGGCCUGGGAGAUGCUGAUGCCAUCGUGGCCAAGAUGAGCCAACGCCUGGAGAUGGUGACACCCAUGGACACAGAGGCCAUGCCCGGGGGACACUACGGGGCUGGCGGGGACAGGUUCGACUCCUACGACGCGCGGGGCCCGUCGAGCGACCGCGACGUUUUCCGCUUCGACUGCCCCGAGCCCGACGGCGCCUUCGAGGGGCCCCACGAGGGCUUCUUGGGGAGCCACCGGGAGCAGUUCCAGCCCCGGUCCUGGGAGAGCUUCACCCAGCGGGGCCAGGCCUGGGGCAGAGACGGACGCAACCACAGACCCUCCUCCUACCCCGGGCGCCUGGGCGGGCAGUGGAACGAGCCCCCUCCGUGCGUGGGAUCCCGAGGGCUUGGGCCUCCUGGCUCCUCCAGGCUCCCUUCCCUCUUCUCCCACAACAUUCUCCCGGAGCUCAGCAUGUUCCAGGGAAUUCGAGGGUUCUCGGGAAACAUGCGCUACGGGGGAGGGGCGAUGAAGCAGAGAAUGAGGAGAAACUGGAAAAUGUGGGAUUCGGAUUUUAAAAAAAAGAAAAUCAGGAAGGAUCCCACGGCCAAGAAGCGGCAACGAACCAACAGCUCCGAGGAUCCCGACGGGAAAGGGGCCCAGACGGACGGAUCCGACAACUCGGACACUGACAAUGAGGAGGGAACAGAAGGAGAAUCGGGAGAACGGGAGGACAAAGAGGGUUCCAGGGAAGGGGAAGACGAAGAAGGAAAAGACUCGGAGAAAGGUGCUUUAACCAUUCAAGAAGAGAUCAGUCAAAUCAAACGCAAAUUGCAGGCGGACAAGAAGGCUCCAGAGAGGCAGAAGAAGAGGCACCGGGACCGCAUGGUGGAAAGGAUCCAGUUUGUUUGUUCCUUGUGCAAAUAUCGGACCUUCUACGACGACGAGAUGACCAGUCACCUGGAGAGCAGGUUCCAUAAGGAACAUUUCAAGUUUGUUGGAACCAAACUGCCUCAGCAAACAGCUGAGUUCCUCCAGGAAUACGUUGCCAAUAAAACCAGGAAGACCGAGGAGCGGCGCCGGGCGCUGGAGGACGUGAACGCCGUGAUCCAGCAGAUCUACAGGGAGCAGGAUCUGACCCAGGACAUUGGCAUGGAGCACUUCAUCAAGAAAGUGGAGGCUGCUCACUGUGCUGCCUGCGACCUCUUCAUCCCCAUGCAGGUCGGGAUUAUCCAGAAGCACCUGAAGUCCCUGGACCACAACCACAACCGCCGGGCUAUGAUGGAACAGUCCAAGAAGUCGUCGCUCGUGGUGGCGCGGAGCAUCCUCAACAACAAACUGAUCAGCAAGAAGCUGGAGAGGUACCUGAAGGGUGAGAAUCCUUUCACAGAUGACCCAGAAGAAAAAGAGGAGCAUGAGGAAGGAGAAGGGGGAACCACUGGAAACGUAGAAGAAGGAGCAGCAAAAGGAGCUGAUGAAAAAAAGGAUGAGGAGGAAAAUGGGGAAGAAGAAAAUCCUGAGGAGGCAAAUCCAGAAGAGGAAAACAUGGAAGAAGAAAAUCCAGGGGGGGGAAACCAAGAUGAGGAAAAGAAGGAUCCAGAAGGAGCUGAAAGUGAGGGAGAAAGAGGAGAAACAGGGACAGAAGUUGAGGCACAAGCACCAAGAGAGACAGAGACCAGGGAAGAGCAGGAAUCUCUCCCGCAGGGAGAGGAGCAGCAGCCAGUGGAAGGUGUGGAGGUGGCAGAUGAAGAGGAGGAGGAGGCUGAAGAAACUGUUGCAGCACAAGAGGAUGAAGAUGUGGAGUAAACUCUGGAGGGGGAAACUGCUGGGGAAAAACCCAAUGGAUUUUGUUGGUUGUUUUCUAUGAGAAAAAAGCCCCAUAACUGUGAAUUUCCAAGCACACACUUUCAGUUCUCAUUCUUCUCAGCCCCCUGAGGCAGGAGAAGCCUUUACCUGUCAAGUGGUUUAUUAUUUUUUUGGGGAAAAUAGAGAUUUUCCAUGUUUGUUUUUUUUGGUUUUUUUACCAGCCCUUCAUUUCAGUAGGUAGGAUUGGUGUGGUCUCUUGUUUCUUAGGUGGCUUCGUGCCAGGAGAGUUUCCUUUGGAGCCAAGCAGAGCGACUUGUCCCACAAACAAAACCUCCUCCCCUCCAAUGGCAACGUUUCCAUAUUUAAGGAAGUUGUGGUUCCUCCCUGUCUGGAGACACCACAAAUUGGGUCAAAGGGUUGAAAUUUCACAACUUCCAUGUUGACCCCAUGACCCACCCCCGGUGUUUUGUGGAGAGAAUCUCGGUGGUGUCCUUGUGUUUUUUGUGCUUUGGUUUGGAGAUGAAUGUUGUGAGUGGAGAUAAAAGGACUAUGCUGAGAUGA